UUAUCGAAUUGUUUUUAAUAUGAAAUUACACAAAUAAAAUAAUUUAUUUUUGUUUUCGAAUAAAAAUAGAAGUAUCGUCGAUAUUUUAUUGACAUAGCAACAAAAAUAGAAUUUCAUUGGAUUCACGAUAAAAUUACAAAAUAGGAUGUAGCGUCUUAACUUAGAAAUCGAGUAAAAAACGUUUACUAGCUAAUAAGGAAAUGCGUUUAUUAAAACUUGUUUUCUGAUUAACUUUCCGGUAAUAAAAUUAUACAGUGGGUAUAAUUUUUUUUAAAAUAAGUGCAUUAAAUAAUGAAAAUCAUCAAUUUUUGUCAAUCCUGAUGUGUCUUAUUAUUAUAAAAAGAAAACAAAUCCUAACAAUGUUGAACUUUCGUCGACUGAACUGGAAUUAAUCAGAUCAACAAGAAAAAUCUUGAUGUAAUGCGAAAUAAACUAAACGAAUCCGCAUGCGCGGCCCUUUUAGACGAAGUGAAUUUCGGCGAUUCUCGUUUACUAUUAUCUUUAUCGGUGCUAGCUAUGAUAAAUGUUAUGGUAAUUGUAGGUAACUGUCUUGUCAUUGCCGCCGUUUAUUAUUCCUCGAAACUGAGAUCCGUGACGAACUUUUUUAUAGUCUCGCUAGCUGUGGCGGAUUUAAUGGUGGGGGUUGCCGUUUUACCAUUCUCAGCUACUUGGGAGGUAUUUAAGGUUUGGAUUUUCGGUGACAUUUGGUGUCAAGUGUGGUUGGCGGUUGAUGUUUGGAUGUGUACGGCUUCGAUUUUAAACUUGUGCGCAAUAUCUUUAGAUCGUUACGUGGCCGUAACCAGACCUAUAACUUACCCUAGUAUCAUGUCACAUUCAAGGGCAAAGGGUCUAAUAGCGGGAUUAUGGAUACUCAGUUUCGUUAUCUGUUUUCCACCGUUGGUGGGAUGGAGAGAUAGAAAACUUUUAGAAGUGGAUUAUGCGCGGGACGGCAAUUCGACUCAAGAUACACUUACGGCGAUAACCCCGGCGUCUCACUGUCCUUGGCAAUGCGAAAUAACAAACGAAGUGGGAUACGUCGUCUAUUCGGCGCUCGGUUCAUUUUAUAUUCCCAUGUUCGUGAUGCUAUUCUUCUACUGGAGGAUAUACAAAGCGGCAGUAAGGACAACAAGGGCAAUCAAUCGAGGAUUCAGGACGACGAAAGGUUCCCGGGGAAUCGGAAACAGAUUCGAGGAGCAGAGACUCACUCUACGUAUACACCGAGGUCACGGUUCUUCCGGUAAAAGAUCGUUCGGUUCGCCGUAUAGUAACGAGAGUAGUUGCAAUACUACGACCGGAAGUACGAGCGCUAGUCCCAGUCCGUCGACUAGAGGGCGACACGAGAAGGUUAAAAUAAGCGUGAGUCAUCCUUCAUCGGAAAAUCUAUCCCCUCCUUUAUUAGCGGUAACACCUACGUCUCCGACGACGCAAAUUUCUUACGCAGUCCAUUACACGGCAAACGGUAAAGACACGCCGUCUAGCAGCGUCCGACGUCCGAGUGCGAGUAAAGAAUCACGUGGCGGAAAUCAAGAAACGCAUCUACGCGUCCACCGCUUCGGUUCGUAUCGUCGAACAUCUUCGCGCAGAUCGAGCAGUUGCGAUAGCACGUGCGAUAGAGCCUCCAGCCCGAGUUUGAGCGGUUGCGAAGAUGGCAGCGGUAAGAAACAGAUUUCCGGAAGAAUGGGAAAGAGAAAUAUUAAGGCGCAGGUUGGUAUGGCACCGGCUUCAUUUGGUAUUUGCAAUCUGUGGACGUUCAUCUAUAGCGGGUUAAAUACAGUGGCGGAUUUACCAGUGAAACGUUUUCGUAUGGAAACUAAAGCGGCAAAAACAUUGGGAAUUAUAGUCGGCGGUUUCAUAUUCUGUUGGCUGCCAUUUUUCACUAUGUACUUAGUUAGAGCAUUUUGCCACGACUGCAUUAAUCCUUUGCUGUUCUCGACUCUCUUUUGGUUGGGAUAUUGCAACAGCGCCAUUAAUCCGCUAAUUUACGCUUUAUUUUCCAAAGAUUUCAGAUUCGCUUUCAAAAGGAUAAUCUGCAAAUGUUUCUGCAAAACAACCAACAGAGAUUCGCGUCGAGGUUCGGACGGUUCCCAACUUCAAGUAAAACACUUCAGGUUACCGAGUUACAAAUCUCAAAAUCCAGGAGGCUCCGUAGGAGACGACAGCGAUCCCAUCGAAGAAAUAGCCGAUUCCAGGUGACGUAAUUUCAAAAAAUUAAAAACGCAACAAGGGGAAUCGGUAUUGAAGGUGGCCAUGUGUAUGAUGGGCGGCUGACAAAAAUCUAACGUUGAUUCUUCGGUUUGAAUUUUAACUUUAUAAAAAAUUGUACGACAAUAAUUUGUAUUUCCGUUUUGGAUUAUAAUAAAAACACGUUGAUUUAGCGUUUUCGAGGUUCUAAGAUCCAUUUAUCCUAACCUAACCUAAUUAUUUUCGAAUUAAUCCCACAAAAUGAUAAAAAUUUAUAAAUUUAGUUAAAAAAAUCGAAUUAUUGAACUAAUUUUCGAUAUAUCGGAUCUCGAUAAAUGGAUUUUACGACGUCGAAAACGCUUUAUUAACGUGUUUGAAUUACGAUUUUGAAUCUGGGAGAUACGGAAGUAGAUUUGGUUUUCUGGUAUCCGUUUCCAUAGACAAAUUGCAGUAAAAUCGAUAUAUUUUCCAAUAAAAACAUUCCGUUGAAAAAACAAAGACUAAUAUUUCAAAUUACCGAAUCGUUUUGAUAUUGUAAAUAAUACAAAAGUAACCAGUAUACAUAUAUAACGUUCCUAAACGACUGUGUUUAAAAAAAAAAUUGUAUAUAUAUAUAUUUCCAAUAAAAAAUUCCGAACGUAGUUUAAAAUAAAUUUAGAACGCCCCUCGUAUACAGUCGAACCACCUAAAUCAACGUGACUUCGCGUUUAAACGUCGUCGCGCUAUAAAUAAAUUGAAAAUAUUGAAAACAAAAACAAAUUUUUUAUGAAAAUAUUCAUUUUUCUUUGCGUACUGAAAAGAUACGAAAAAAAGUCGAAACAAACAUCGACACGUUCUUGGAAUUCGUCGCCCACUCGCCGCAUUUUUUGUUCUGUUCGACUCUCAACUUUUUCGGCGCGGUCUCGAUCGAUUACGAUACGAGGGGCGUUCGAAAAAAACAAUUGCGAACACAGUGUAUUAGAUUUAAGGGAAUAACUUGUAAAUUACAUUGUACCUAAUGAGAUAUAUUUAAGAUGAAUGUCGUUCAAUAAAAUAUUUAUCAGA